CUUCUUCAAUGAAAAGGGUGAUUUGGCGAGUUGACGAGCAAUUUCUAUCAACGUCCUUUAUUCUCGGAAGUUGCAUUAAAUGUCCCAAUAAUAUGAUUCUGAACCAGUUUAUAAUUUUUUGACAGUUCAAAAACAGGGUAACCGUGUCCAACGAAAGUGAUCUUAAAAGUAGUUAAUAUUUUUAUUUAGAAUUUCAUUAUCAUUGUUUUCACUUUUUGUUUUUUAUUUGUUUGUUUUUUAAUCUAGUCUUACGCAUCCGGAGUAGAGUUUUUCACUAAAUAAGGUCAUAUCACGGCCGAGCAACAAUUAUGUCGUCGAAUCUUGUCUGUUCUGCAUGAGUAAGUCAUUCAGUUCCGCUGCCAAGUGUGUUUCCUUUUCACCUUUCUCGCCUAUUUUCUUCGCUAAUUAAAAACAAUUAGUUUUGCAGUGAUUAUGUCACUUGAAUUUGCGUCAAUUCAUACCAAAGUUGAUAACAAAAAUAUAUCACUAGGUCAACCUAAAAUAUUUUCAAUAUCAAGUUACAGAUUCUACAUAUCCUCCUGGGAUAUAAUUUGUCUAAGCUGACGAAUUAUUUUAAAUUGAAUUUCAACCGCCAUUUUCAGCUCGUAAUCAGGCAGUUAGCGUGGUCUGGCGGUUAGUUCAUUUGCAUAGUGUUCGCAACAGGGUUUUGGUUCCGCUACGCUUGUGUUGUGAUCACUCAUCUCGAAAUAAAUAUAACAAGUCCGAUGGAGUAAUUUCUAGCGAUCAACAUAGGAAAGUUUCGUGGAGACUUGAGGCUGCUUGUUUCUUCGAACUUACUUUCAGGUUCUUCUCCAACUGAAUAUUACCAUGACUGACUCAAACAGUACAGUUUAUGAAGUUUGGUCGACAAACGGCAGUGAGUUUAUCGUCGCCCUGAUUUUACUAGGAUCCAUCUCUCUGGUUGGUUUGUUCGGUAACUCUAUUGUUGCUUCUGUAAUCGUUUCAAGUCGACGACGUGGUCAGCGGUCAGCCGUCCAGUUGUUUCUCUUUCACCUGGCGAUUUCAGACUUGCUAGUGUGUAUAGUCUGCAUACCGCUGACCAUAUGGAUCAAUUUCUACUAUCCAAAACAGGACAAACGAGGAGCUGGUGCGGCGUGUAAGAUAGCACGAUAUAUCCAGUUUCUGGCGCCAUCCAGCUCCAUCUGUUUACUAACUGUUAUUAGCAUUGAUCGUUACUACUCUCUGGUUCGUCCAUUACAAGCGAUGAAGGCGUGGCUUCGCCCUAAAGUUCUGAUCACUGCCGGAUGGAUCUAUGGAGGAGGGAUAUUCCUACCCACGUUUUACUUCGCUGACACCGAGAAUAUCCAAUCAGGAGACGAAACAUUUUGGUAUUGCCGUACCAUUCCUAACAACACAACAGCUGGCUUCAUUUACCUAUUGUUCCUUUCCGUCUUUGGAUUCGGUAUUCAGUUGAUCACCAUAAUUGUGUUAUACAGUCGCGUGGGAAAGGCAGUGUGGAGCCGAGAAAGAAAAAUCUCUCGCACUGGAACACUGUCCACGGCUGCCACAGAAUCGCUGGACAAAACAAGAAAACGCGUUACAAAGAUGCUUUUAACUGUUGUUAUAUGCUUCCUCCUCUGUUGGGCUCCAUUUGUCAUAUACACUGGCUUCAUUGAGAGAUCAGUUGCUCCAUUCCCUAAUCCAGCCGAUACUGUUCGAGUGAUUACCUAUGGCUUCGGGCAAUUCAAUUCAGUCUGCAAUCCAUUCAUCUACUUUUUUAACAGCCCAAAUUUUCGAAGAGUUUCUUUACGCAAAGUCUGUUUGGAGGUCAUAGAUACCAUUGGACAGGAUGACAACAGGGCCAGCCGCUCGACAGGGAGCUCAGACGAGACAUGUCAAACAGACACGGUUGUGAGGCCUACUGAAGAGAAAAGCUCACAACAGAACGGCAUCGACAACCAUGCACGUCAUAACGAGACUCGCGAUACCAGACUUUAAAACAUGGGCUUAUUCGCUAUCUGUGAGAAGAUCUGACUUGUAUGGUAAGCUGGGAAAUACGGCUUUCCAGCAGCAAAGAGUUGAGACAGUAAUGAAAUUAACUACAUAUUUAGAGGCUUUCUAGAAACCUGAUGGUGCGUGUUUCAAUUAUAUAUUAUUGAUAUUCAAGUAGGUUCUCAGGUGAUUACAUAAAUGCGCUCUUUCGGUCGUAAUCAUUACUUAUUUUCCAAAACGGAGAAGGAGCAAAUGAAAAUAUAUGAAUAGCUUUCGUUAUGAUAUUUAUUUGAGUAAUUAUACUAGCCCAAAGAUUGUCCUCAGAGUCAAUGAAUUCUGUCGUAUCAAUCAAUUAUCAAUCAAUUAUCUUUACCUUAAUGGUUACUGAAUUUCGCACAACAGAAUAAAAUGUUGUCAAUCAGUAAUUAAAUCCCUUGAAAUUCACCAUAAUUUAUUAUUUUUAAACUUUAUACUCAGUUCAUGCUAACAGAUCGCUUUUAUGGAAAUUGCGAAUGUAAGAAAUAUAACAAGCUUCAUUGUAAAACAGUUGAGAAACGUCAGAGUUAUUCCCUAAGAUGCUGUGGAAGUCAUAUAAAAUGUCCAAGUCCAGAAAACACGAGAUUCGUUAGCACAGCGAUGAGCGGCCAGUUGGAAAAUAUAGACUGGACUCUGGACUGGACUCUGGACUGGACUCUGGACUGGACUCUGGACUGGACUCUGGACUGGACUCUG